AUGUCACCCCGAGGAAGCUUCGCGAAGUUCAUAUCCUUCAUCUGCAAGUGCUGUCGAGGUCAAAAGGAGGAGGAAGAAGAGGGGGCCUCAAGAAGAGGAGACCUGACAACGACAAAAUAUGACGGAGGAGGAGGACGACGCUCCUUGGGGGAGGAGGAUGGCCCCUGCUUGAUGAAUCGUGAGACAUUCUCUCCUCCUUCCCAGUUUUGCGGGGUAUUUAGAAAUCGUUCCUUGACGUCUGUGGAUCGUUUGGAUCUUCAGAAGAUGGAGCCGGGUGAGCAGAAGGAAAACGACGCGUCUCUCUGGCUUGGCAAAAACGAUUCUCCGACUGGAAGUCGAGAGGGAAGCGAUUCCGCGGGAAGGAAGGAGCGGAGCGAUUCUGGAAUCAGCGAGAGCGAGACCGACGCGUCGCAGGAUCGAAACAGCAAGUGCCGACUGCUGCUCAAGUCCACGCUAACGUGUGUCUUCUCGCACGCGGGCCUCUACGCCCUCGUGGCCGGGUAUACCGUUCUGGGUGCCUUCAUCUUCCGGGCCCUGGAGACGGAGUACGAGGUAGUCGUCCGCGAGCGGGGGACCCGCCUUCGCUCGCACGCCCUUACUUCCAUGUGGAAUACAACCUGCCGACUGAACGUGCUUUGGGAAACGAAUUGGACGGCAGAAAUGAGCGUGCACCUGCGGCGGUUCGAGGACGCCAUCCUCCGCGCCGCUUCCCGGGACGGAUACGACGGGCUGGACCCCGACAGCGACGAUCGCAAGUGGAGCCUACCGGGCGCCCUCCUCUUCUCCGUCACCGUCAUCACCACCAUCGGAUAUGGUAACAUCUCGCCUCACACGGAGCGCGGAAGGGUGGUGACGAUGGUGUACGCGGCGUUCGGGAUCCCUCUCGUGUUGCUGUGCCUGUCGAACGUCGGUGGGACUCUGGCCGACGCCCUCGUCUUCGCAUACGGGAAACUCGAGUGCCGCAGAAGCGUCUCACCUGCGCCUGUGGACGAACUACGACUCACGGUGGUGGAAGCGGAAGCGAACGAACGGCGACUGACGGUGGCGGAUGUGGCGGGCGGGGAGGCGCCGAGGAAGUUCCCCGCCUCGCUCGUCCUCAUCAUCCUGGUGGCAUAUGUCUGCGGGGGGGCGCUGCUUUUCUCCCUCUGGGAAGGAUGGAACUUUCUGGAGGGGGCGUACUUCUGCUUCAUCACGCUGUCCACGAUCGGGUUCGGGGAUUUGGUGCCGGGACGGGCCGUCUUUCACGUGGACACGAUGGAGGAGCAGGCCAAGGUCGUCAUAUGUUGCUUUUAUCUUCUGUUUGGACUCGCCUUGAUCGCGAUGGGCUUCAGCCUCGUGCAGGCCGAAGUCGUGGCCAAGGUCAGGGACUGCGGGGCCUUUCUCGGCAUCAUAGGCGCGGAGAAACAGGAACGCCGUUCGACAAAGAAAUGAAAUCCUCUUCUUUUUUGUUGCUCCAAAAUGGCCGGACAAGAGUGAAUGGACCCAUGUGUUGAAGAUUCGCUUGUGAAAUUGGUGAAGAAAACCGUUGAGAGGGUGAGUGAAUCACUUCUAUGACUUGUUCUUCGGUUCUCUAAACGACAGUGACAAAGGGGAUGAAAAGAGCACUGCUAUAUCUCUAUUCUAUAGAGGGAAUAUGAAUAUCAUUUUGCUAUUUUUAUUUCGCUUUCAUUCGGGACUCGCCUGCGGUCCUGUUCGGUUCGGGUGAGCCAGUUCCUCCUUGGAGGAACUGGCUCAGCCAACCCUGUCCCUCCUUGUCCUUACUGUCCCUCUGAAAAGAGAUAAUGCGAGGGACUUGGAGAGAACCCGCAUCGUCAUCAUGGUGUCACAAACCCCUGGUCAUGUGAAGUGAACUUGAAGUGAACGAUGUGAAGGCCCAGCUUCACAUCGAGACCACGGGUGGGACCAAGUUCAUAGUUCGUGUCCACUACAUCGGUGAAAAAUGGAAAACGUGAAAUUCUGAUCAGUCUAUGUUAGUACCUGUCAUUUUUCAUCUUAGCACAGUUAGCUUUUGAAAAAAAAUUCAGCUAAGAACCCAGCU